AUGGCUCUCCAGCGUCCUCCCCGGGGGUCACAAUAUGACCUCUCCAGCGUCCUCCCCGGGGGUCACAAUAUGGCCUCCCCAGCGUCCUCCCCGGGGGUCACAAUAUGGCCUCUCCAGCGUCCUCCCCGGGGGUCACAAUAUGGCCUCUCCAGCGUCCUCCCCGGGGGUCACAAUAUGGCCUCUCCAGCGUCCUCCCCGGGGGUCACAAUAUGGCCUCUCCAGCGUCCUCCCCGGGGUCACAAUAUGGCCUCUCCAGCGUCCUCCCCGGGGGUCACAAUAUGGCCUCUCCAGCGUCUUCCCCGGGGGUCACAAUAUGGCCUCUCCAGCGUCCUCCCCGGGGUCACAAUAUGGCCUCCCCAGCGUCCUCCCCGGGGGUCACAAUAUGGCCUCUCCAGCGUCCUCCCCGGGGGUCACAAUAUGGCCUCUCCAGCGUCCUCCCCGGGGGUCACAAUAUGGCCUCUCCAGCGUCCUCCCCGGGGGUCACAAUAUGGCCUCUCCAGCGUCCUCCCCGGGGGUCACAAUAUGGCCUCUCCAGCGUCUUCCCCGGGGGUCACAAUAUGGCCUCUCCAGCGUCCUCCCCGGGGGUCACAAUAUGGCCUCUCCAGCGUCCUCCCCGGGGGUCACAAUAUGGCCUCUCCAGCGUCCUCCCCGGGGGUCACAAUAUGGCCUCUCCAGCGUCCUCCCCGGGGGUCACAAUAUGGCCUCUCCAGCGUCUUCCCCGGGGGUCACAAUAUGGCCUCUCCAGCGUCCUCCCCGGGGGUCACAAUAUGGCCUCUCCAGCGUCCUCCCCGGGGUCACAAUAUGGCCUCUCCAGCGUCCUCCCCGGGGUCACAAUAUGGCCUCUCCAGCGUCCUCCCCGGGGGUCACAAUAUGGCCUCUCCAGCGUCCUCCCCGGGGUCACAAUAUGGCCUCUCCAGCGUCCUCCCCGGGGGUCACAAUAUGGCCUCUCCAGCGUCCUCCCCGGGGUCACAAUAUGGCCUCUCCAGCGUCCUCCCCGGGGUCACAAUAUGGCCUCUCCAGCGUCCUCCCCGGGGGUCACAAUAUGGCCUCUCCAGCGUCCUCCCCGGGGUCACAAUAUGGCCUCCAGCGUCCUCCCCGGGGGUCACAAUAUGGCGCGUCCUCCCCGGGGGUCACAAUAUGGCUCUCCAGCGUCCUCCCCGGGGGUCACAAUAUGGCUCUCCAGCGUCCUCCCCGGGGGUCACAAUAUGGCUCUCCAGCGUCCUCCCCGGGGGUCACAAUAUGGCUCUCCAGCGUCCUCCCCGGGGGUCACAAUAUGGCUCUCCAGCGUCCUCCCCGGGGUCACAAUAUGGCCUCUCCAGCGUCCUCCCCGGGGGUCACAAUAUGGCCUCUCCAGCGUCCUCCCCGGGGGUCACAAUAUGGCCUCUCCAGCGUCCUCCCCGGGGGUAA